CAGUAUAUGUUUAACAUGAAUAGAAGUAUUGUCUCUGAGAUCAUUGAAAAAUAUGAGCCUAUUAUAGAAGUUAAGCAAGCACGCCAGAUGUCACUUGAAGGUUUUACAAGAUACCUGUGUUCAUCUGACUGCCUAGUAUUUAAUAAUGAAUUUGGAAAAGUUUAUCAAGACAUGCAUCAUCCAUUAAAAGAUUAUUUUAUUUCAAGUUCACAUAAUACAUACCUGCUAUCUGACCAAUUAGUGGGACCAAGUGAUGUUUGGGGAUAUGUAAGUGCCCUGGUGAAAGGAUGCCGCUGUCUGGAAAUUGAUUGCUGGGACGGGUCACAGAAUGAACCUGUGGUAUACCAUGGUUAUACGCUCACCAGCAAGCUCCUGUUCAAAACUGUUAUCCAAGCCAUACACAAAUAUGCAUUCAUAACAUCUGACUACCCAGUGGUGCUCUCUUUAGAAAAUCACUGCUCCCCUUCCCAACAAGAGGUGAUGGCAGACAAUUUGCAGUCUAUUUUGGGAGAUACCUUGCUUUCUGAUGUGCUUGAUGAUUAUGCACAUGAACUACCUUCACCAGAGGCAUUAAAAUUCAGAAUAUUAGUUAGAAACAAGAAAAUAGGAACCUUGAUGGAGACCCAUGCAAGGAAAGGUUCUGAUAAGCAUGGUCAAGUGGAGGAAUAUGACGAAUAUGAAGAGAUAGAUCAAGAAGAGGAAGAGGACAAAGACAAAUCAUCAGAGUCACCAGAUAUUUUAAAAGUCAGUUCAGAAAAGGAAACACAGUCAAGAAAUAUAGUUAAAUUGCCACUUUUCAGGAAAAAUAAGGUAAAAGUGGCUACGGCCCUGUCUGAUCUUGUCAUUUAUACUAAAGCUGAAAAAUUCAAAAACUUUUACCAUUCAAGACAGUAUCAACAAUUUAAUGAAAGCAAUUCUAUUGGAGAGUCAACAGCUCGAAAACUUUCCAAGAUGAAAGCCAGUGAUUUUAUUCUUCACAACAACAAGUUUAUUACCAGAAUAUAUCCCAAAGCAACAAGAGCAGACUCUUCUAAUUUUAAUCCUCAACAAUUUUGGAAUGUAGGUUGUCAAAUGGUGGCCUUAAAUUUCCAGACCCCUGGUCUGCCUAUGGACAUUCAAAAUGGGAAAUUUUUGGAUAAUGGUAAUUCUGGAUAUAUUUUGAAACCACAAUUCCUAAGAGAUACUGAAACAGACUUUAAUCCAAAUAAAACACCAGAAGACAGCAAUCCAGUUACACUUAUGAUAAGGGUGAUCAGUGGUAUCCAGUUGCCUUCCAGUAGUCGCUCAUUAUCUAACAAAGCCGACACAUUAGUGAUUAUAGAAAUUUUUGGUGUUCCGGAUGAUCAAUCUAAGCAGCAGACCCGCGUAAUUAAAAAAAAUGCUUUUAGUCCAAGAUGGAAUGAAACAUUUACAUUUAUUAUUCAGGUGCCAGAGUUGGCAUUGAUACGUUUUGCAGUGGAAAAUCAAAAUUUAAUAGCUGGAAAUGAAUUGCUUGGGCAAUAUACUUUACCAGUUCUAUGCAUGAGCAAAGGUUACCGUCACGUUCCUUUGUUUUCCAGAACUGGUGAGAAUCUUGAGCCUGCUUCCCUGUUUAUUUAUGUUUGGUAUGUCAGAUAG